ACAUGGGUGGAACCUCUUGUAAAAUGGUGGGGGGAUGGACACUAAAUUCAGUCAACAACUCUUCAGGCCCACUCUGCUCAAUGCUGGUGAGGAGUUGACUGGUGCCAUGGCAAGUGGGAGCGGAAGUGGGGACAGUGUCACCCGGAGGAGUGUGGCCUCCCAGUUCUUCACCCAGGAGGAGGGGAGCGGCGUUGAUGGCAUGACUACUUCAGAGAGGGUGGUAGAUCUUCUGAACCAGGCCGCUCUGAUUGCAAAUGAUUCAAAGAUCACAGUGCUCAAACAGGUCCAGGAGCUGAUCAUAAAUAAAGACCCGACCCUGCUGGAUAACUUCCUGGAUGAGAUCAUCGCCUUCCAAGCAGACAAGUCAAUCGAGGUGCGCAAGUUCGUCAUCGGCUUCAUUGAAGAGGCCUGCAAACGAGACAUCGAGCUGCUGCUGAAGCUCAUCGCCAACCUGAACAUGCUGCUGCGGGAUGAGAGUGUGAACGUGGUGAAGAAGGCCAUCCUGACCAUGACCCAGCUCUACAAGGUCGCCCUGCAGUGGAUGGUGAAAUCCAAGAUCAUCAGUGAGCUGCAGGAAGCCUGCUGGGACAUGAUGUCUGCCAUGGCGGCUGACAUCAUCCUUUUGCUGGACUCGGACAACGACGGUAUCCGCACUCAUGCCAUCAAGUUUGUGGAAGGCCUCAUCGUCACGCUGUCUCCACGAAUGGCUGACUCAGAGGUGCCUCGACGGCAGAAGCAUGACAUCAGCCUGGACCGCAUACCCCGGGACCACCCCUACAUCAACUACAAUUUGCUCUGGGAGGAGGGCAAGGCAGCCCUAGAACAGCUGCUGAAGUUCAUGGUCCACCCAGCGAUCUCCUCCAUCAACCUGACCACUGCCCUGGGCUCCCUGGCCAACAUCGCCCGUCAGAGGCCCAUGUUCAUGUCUGAGGUGAUCCAGGCCUAUGAGACCUUGCAUGCCAACCUGCCACCGACCCUGGCCAAGUCCCAGGUGAGCAGCGUUCGGAAAAACCUGAAGUUACACCUGCUCAGUGUCCUCAAGCACCCAGCGUCUUGUGAGUUCCAGGCCCAGAUCACCACACUCCUGGUAGAUUUGGGCACCCCACAGGCUGAGAUUGCCAGAAACAUGCCCACGGGUAAAGAGCCUCGGAGACGGCAGCGAGAUGACCCAGACUCAGCCCUUAAGAAGAUGAAACUAGAGCCUACCCUUGGUGAGGAUGAUGAGGACAAAGACAUGGAGCCUGGCCCCUCAGGGACCUCGAAACCCUCAGCCCAGAGCGGUGCCCAGUCGGACACUGACAUCACUGCGGAAUUCUUGCAGCCUCUGCUGACGCCCGACAACGUGGCCAACUUGGUGCUCAUCAGUAUGGUGUACCUACCUGAGGCCAUGCCAGCUUCCUUCCAGGCCAUCUACACACCAGUGGAGUCAGCAGGCACAGACGCCCAGAUCAAACACCUGGCCCGGCUCAUGGCCACCCAGAUGACUGCAGCUGGCCUGGGGCCAGGUGUGGAGCAGACGAAGCACUCAAAGGAGGAGCCAAAGGAGGAGAAGAUGACAAAGCCCGAAAGUGUUCUUAUCAAGCGACGUGUCUCUGUGCUGGGGCAGGGCCAGGCCAUUUCUGUGGUGGGGGCACUGAGCCCUGUGUGCACCCUGGAGGAGGAGGCGCCCCAGGCCAAGCGGAGGCCUGAGCCCAUCAUCCCUGCUACACAGCCUCGGCUGGCAGGUGUGGGUGGGCGCAAGAAGAUCUUCCGCCUGAGUGAUGUGGUGAAACCCAUGACAGAUGCCCAAAUCGAGAGCAUGAAGCUGGGGGCCGUGAGACGCAUCCUGAGGGCUGAGAAGUCUGUGGCGUGUAGCGGGGCAGCCCAGGUCCGAGUGAAGAUCCUUGCCAGGCUGGUGACUCAGUUCGAGGUGGGCCUGAAGGAGGAGGUCCUUGCUUUCAUUCUGGAAGACAUCCGAGGCCGCCUGGACCUGGCCUUUGCCUGGCUGUACCAGGAAUACAAUGCCUACCUGGCUGCUGGGCCCGCAGGGACCCUGGACAAGUAUGAUGCGUGCCUCAUCCGCCUGCUCUCAGGCCUACAGGAAAAGCCUGACCAGAAGGAUGGAAUCUUCACCAAGGUGGUGUUGGAGGCCCCGCUGAUCACAGAGAGUGCCCUGGAAGUGGUUCGGAAAUACUGUGAGGAUGAGAGCCGCACCUACCUGGGGAUGUCGACCCUCCGUGACCUGAUCUUCAAGCGCCCGGCGCGUCAGUUCCAAUACCUCCAUGUCCUUCUGGACCUCAGCUCUCAUGAGAAGGACAAGGUGCGCUCACAGGCCCUGCACUUCAUUAAACGCAUGUAUGAGAAAGAGCAGCUUCGAGCCUACGUAGAGAAGUUUGCCCUCAACUACCUGCAGCUUCUCGUCCACCCGAACCCACCCUCGGUGCUCUUUGGGGCAGAUAAGGACACAGAGGUGGCGGCCCCAUGGACAGAGGAGACGGUAAAGCAGUGUCUCUACCUCUACCUGGCGCUGCUGCCCCAGAACCACAAGCUUAUUCAUGAGCUGGCAGCUGUCUACACUGAAGCCAUUGCUGACAUCAAGCGAACAGUGCUGAGGGUCAUCGAACAGCCAAUCCGAGGGAUGGGCAUGAACUCCCCAGAGCUGCUCCUGCUGGUGGAAAACUGCCCCAAGGGGGCUGAGACCCUGGUCACCCGCUGUCUGCACAGUCUCACAGACAAAGUGCCCCCCUCCCCAGAGUUGGUGAAACGUGUGCGAGACUUGUACCACAAGCGGCUGCCAGAUGUCCGGUUCCUCAUCCCAGUGCUUAAUGGCCUAGAGAAGAAAGAAGUGAUUCAAGCCUUACCCAAACUCAUCAAACUGAACCCCAUCGUGGUGAAGGAGGUCUUCAACCGCCUGCUGGGCACUCAACAUGGUGAAGGAAAUUCAGCUGUGUCUCCCCUGAAUCCAGGGGAGCUGCUCAUCGCCCUCCAUAACAUCGAUUCUGUCAAGUGCGACAUGAAGUCCAUCAUUAAGGCUACAAACCUGUGCUUUGCGGAGCGCAAUGUCUAUACCUCGGAGGUGCUGGCUGUGGUCAUGCAGCAGCUGAUGGAGCAGAGCCCCCUCCCCAUGCUGCUCAUGCGCACUGUCAUCCAGUCCCUCACCAUGUAUCCCAGGCUUGGUGGCUUUGUCAUGAACAUCCUGUCCCGGCUCAUCAUGAAGCAGGUGUGGAAGUACCCCAAAGUAUGGGAAGGCUUUAUCAAGUGCUGUCAGCGGACCAAGCCCCAGAGUUUCCAGGUGAUCCUGCAGCUGCCCCCCCAACAGCUGAGCGCGGUCUUUGACAAGUGCCCAGAGCUCCGAGAACCCCUCCUGGCCCACGUCCGCUCUUUCACCCCGCACCAGCAAGCCCACAUCCCGAACUCCAUCAUGGCCAUCCUGGAAGCCAGCAGCAAGCAAGAUGUGGAAGUCAAGGAGCCAGUGCCAGCAUCCCUGGAGGAAGAGGACCUCGAUGCUCUGGCCCAGGCCCCGCGCCCACCCCAGGACCUCAUAGCCCUGCGCCUAGCCCAGGAGAAAGCCCUGAAGCGGCAGCUGGAGGAGGAGCAGAAGAUGAAGCCGCUGCUGCCUUCGGCCUCCUCAGCCCGUGCAGGUCCCCCCCCCUCAGAGGAGGCCAUGGAUUUCCGGGAGGAGGGGACUGAGGGCGAGGCCCCCAACAUCUUCAUCAGUAUGGAGGAGGAUGGGGGGCUGACAGAGGCCACCCUGCUGGACUCAAGCCAGGAGGGGCCCCUACCUGAGAAGGUAGGGCGUUCCCCUUCCUCUUCCCCUCCACAGCCAAAGCAGAAGGAGGAGCCAGCAGGGGUCCCUUCCAAAGAGGACCGGAGCCCACAACCUCCAGGCCCUGCCCGGGAGGAGGCUGCCCCAGUGCCCAGCCCAGAGGAGGAAGGGGGGGAGGAGGCUUCGGAGACCAAGAUGGACAGCUGACGGACCAUGGGGGAGGGGGCGGGACACGGGGUGGGGAGAGUAGGGUUCUUUCCUUUGCAAUAAAGAGGCCUGUCUGGCC